AUGGAGGAGUGGGACGUGCCCCAGAUGAAGAAGGAGGUGGAGAGCCUCCGGUACCAGCUGGCCUUCAAGAGGGAGCUGUCCUCAAAGACCAUCCCCGAGCUCCUCAAAUGGAUCGAGGACGGGACCCCCAAGGACCCCUUCCUGAGCCCCGACCUGAUGAAGAACAACCCGUGGGUGGAGAAGGCCAAGUGCACCAUCCUGUGA